CGGCGGAGGAUUGCGCCGCCGGCGACGAUGCGGCGGCGGCGGAGGAGGAGGAGGAGGAGGAGGAGGAGGAGGAGGCGUCGGCGCCGAUGGUGGUGGUGGGCGGGGGCGGCGUCGCCUCGAACCAGCUCACGCUCUUGUACCAGGGCGAGGUCUACGUCUUCGAAUCCGUCUCCCCCGAGAAGGUGCAAGCGGUGCUAUUACUGUUGGGAGGGUGUGAAGUGCCCUCUAGUGCAGUUACUUUGGCGGUUCCCCCUAUCAAUGUAGACGAGAGUAUGACAGCACCUACAAGUCGGAUUGCUUCUCUAAAUAGGUUUCGCGAGAAGAGAAAGGAAAGGUGUUUUGACAAGAAAAUUAGAUAUGCUGUCCGCAAAGAAGUUGCUCUCAGAAUGAAGAGGCAAAAAGGGCAAUUUGCUGGGAAGAUUAAUCCUGAUGUGGAAGCAUCAGCUUCUCCAAGCUGUGGUUCUCCUCCAGCCAAAAGCCAGGACGAUAAUCCACAAGAAAGAAAUUGCCAAAACUGCGGCAUCAGUGAAAAGCUGACUCCAGCAAUGCGUCGUGGACCUGCUGGUCCUAGGUCUCUUUGCAAUGCUUGCGGGCUGAUGUGGGCAAACAAGGGUAUUCUGAGAAGUCACAUGAAGCCCCCUAAACCGGGUAUUCAAAAUCCUACCGAAGUAAACGAUCUGGUUGACGCUAGUGACUCAGAAAUCAGGAGCGAUGACAACGCAAUCGUUCUCACUUCAGAUAUCCAUAAUCCAAUUGCCACUAAUGCUGACGCAUACGUGAAGUAUCCUCCACAGUAUCUCAAGAUACUAUUAAGAAGGAUAAUUACAUUAUAUCCUUUUCUUUUUUCAGGUAGGCCCAAGCGAUUUCGGCAAAUUCCUCUCAAACCCAGAUAAAUGAAUGACCAUACCAACCAGUUUGCAUGUCUUCUCUAGAAUUAUAUGGAAAACGACUAACCGAUCGCUUAACCGCAUUGUCGCGAUGGAACCCUUCGCAAUGGAACCCUACAUGAACUGAUGCUGGCAUGUAUUUGUGCAUCACUAAAGCUGCCCUGUCUCAAUUUUGAUCCUUUUUGUUAACUUACGAAAUUUUCUGUUAAUGUUCCAGAAAUAAGAUUUACUAUAAUGGAUAGUGGUUUGUUUAGUUUGAUCAUCUCUAGGCAGAUAACGGCCCGCCAAAUUGUAAUUAGUUGGUUGAUCAAACUUCAUAUUUUGUAUUAUAAGAUGCCUCACUUAGAUUGGAUGCUGGGACAGCUCUCUUUUUCCAAA